AGAACAUCUUGAGAAGCUCCAUGAAGCUAACAAUGAGUUACAGAAGAAACGAGCUAUUAUUGAAGAUUUGGAACCAAGAUGCAAUAAUAGUUCACUCAAAAUUGAAGAAUUACAAGAAGCUUUACGGAAAAAGGAGGAGGAAAUGAAGCAAAUGGAAGAGCGAUACAAAAAGUAUUUGGAAAAGGCCAAAAGUGUCAUCCGCACCUUAGAUCCUAAGCAGAACCAGGGUGCAGCUCCUGAGAUUCAGGCUCUGAAAAAUCAGUUGCAGGAGCGGGACAGAAUGUUUCAUUCAUUGGAGAAAGAAUAUGAGAAAACAAAAAGUCAAAGAGAAAUGGAGGAGAAGUUUAUUGUUAGUGCCUGGUACAAUAUGGGAAUGACUCUGCAUAAAAAAGCAGCAGAAGAUAGACUGGCUAGUACAGGCUCAGGACAGUCCUUCCUGGCUAGACAAAGGCAAGCCACGAGCACAAGGAGAUCUUACCCUGGUCAUGUCCAACCAGCAACAGCAAGGUAGAGAAGCCUUGCCCUUAGAAAGAAAACUGCCCUGUGAUCCAGGCCACUUCUGUUGCAAGUGACAACAUUCAAGGAAAAUCAACCAGCAUCCUUUCUCUUUCUCCCUUGUUACUGCUGUUAUUUUACAGUUCAGGAAAGGGUUUUAGUAUCGUUUCUCAUUGUUCA